AUGGAGCCCAUGACGGUGACGACGUCAGGGGUCGGACCGGAGGAGUUCGACCGGAAUGCUCCCCGGAUCUGUGGCGUGUGCGGGGACAAGGCCACGGGAUUCCACUUCAACGCCAUGACCUGCGAGGGCUGCAAGGGCUUCUUCAGACGGAGUAUGAAGCGCAAAGCCAACUUCACGUGUCCCUUUAAUGGAAGCUGCACCAUCACCAAGGACAACCGCCGCCACUGUCAGGCCUGCCGCCUCAAACGCUGCAUCGACAUUGGCAUGAUGAAAGAAUUUAUCCUUACGGACGAGGAGGUGCAGAGAAAGAAGGACAUGAUCAUGAAGAGGAAGGAGGAGGAGGCGGCACGGGAGGCCAUGAAACCCAGAAUGAACGAUGAACAGACUCGCAUCAUCUCCUCUCUGGUGGAGGCGCACCACAAGACCUACGACGCCUCCUACUCGGACUUCCCAAGAUUCAGGCCUCCGGUUCGUGAAGGCCCGGUGACGCGCAGUGCCAGCAGAGCCGCUUCUCUUCAGUCACUUUCUGAUGCAUCCUCAGACUCAUUCAACCAUUCACCUGAGUCCGUGGACAGUAAGAUGAACUUCAGUAACUUGCUGAUGAUGUACCAGGAUGGGGCCAGCAGUCCAGACUCCAGUGAGGACGACUCAAAGCUCUCAAUGCUGCCCCACCUGGCUGACCUGGUGUCCUACAGCAUCCAGAAGGUCAUUGGAUUCGCCAAGAUGAUUCCAGGAUUCAGAGAUCUGACUGCCGAGGACCAGAUCGCUCUGUUAAAGUCGAGUGCCAUCGAGAUCAUCAUGCUGCGCUCAAACCAGUCCUUCAGCCUGGAGGACAUGUCCUGGAGCUGUGGAGGGCCCGACUUCAAGUACUGCAUUAACGACGUCACCAAAGCGGGUCACACUCUGGAGCUGCUGGAGCCUCUGGUGAAGUUCCAGGUGGGUCUGAAGAAGCUAAACCUUCACGAGGAGGAGCAUGUGCUGCUGAUGGCCAUCUGUCUUCUGUCUCCAGACCGGCCUGGAGUGCAGGACCACGCCCGUGUGGAGCAUCUGCAGGACCGGCUGUCUGAAGUGCUGCAGGCCUACAUUCGGGUCAACCACCCCGGCGGACGCCUGCUCUACGCCAAGAUGAUCCAGAAGCUGGCUGACCUGCGCAGCCUGAACGAGGAGCACUCCAAGCAGUACCGCUCCCUGUCCUUCCAGCCGGAGCACAGCUUGCAGCUCACCCCUCUCGUUCUGGAGGUGUUCGGGAGCGAAGUGUCUUAG